UAUUAGCGAGGCCGGCAAUGGCGGGGGUGGUGGCGGUUGUGGCGGCGUGGCUGGCAAUUACAGCCACAGCCAAACCAGUACUACACAAAGUAGGAGGAUCUCAAGGUUGGAACCAAAACGUCAACUACACUGAAUGGUCCUCUUCUACUGGUCCUUUCCUCCUUGGCGAUUGGCUUUAUUUUGGGUUCGACAAGAGAUAUUACAAUGUAUUGGAAGUGAACAAAACGAGUUACGAGAGUUGCAACGACAGAGUUUUCAUAAAGAACGUGACUCGUGGAGGUCGUGAUGUGUUCGAACUCACUGAAGCCAAACCUUAUUACUUUAUCUCUGGCGGAGGUUACUGCUUUCACGGUAUGAGAGUCACCAUCUCCGUCUCCAAGGACGACGGCGGCCGCUCUGCUCUUCCGCCAGCCAUCGCUGCUAGUACUUCUGCACCGGUGUUGGCUCCGGCGCCGGCGGCUGAAGCUCCUUCGAAAAAUGGUUCCCCAUCAUUACUACGCUUGGAUUUGUUUCUUUAUUUAAUUGUGCUUUGUGUGACUACUUAUUAUCUUUAUUAUCUGUUUAGCGUCUUAGAAUAG